CAGCGCUGUCCGACCUGCGGGGCUGCGCGGGGAGCUGUGGCCUGGCCUCGUUUGGCCCCGUCCGUGAUGCCCGGGCCUGGCCGAGGGAGAAGGCUGUGACCUCCGGGCGGGAGCGGGGUUAAAUGGAGGACUGGGGUUACAUAAUGGCAGAAGCCGCCGUGUCCCCGUUGAAGCACUUCGUGCUGGCCAAAAAGACCAUCACUGCCAUCUUUGAGCAGCUGCUGGACUACGUCACUGAGGGGGCUGCUUUUGUGGAAGCAACAUACAGGAACCCAGAGCUUGAACAUAUAGCAACAGAAGAUGAAUUAGCAGAAAUACAGGCAUAUAAAAAGAAGUUAGCAGUCAUUGGUGAAGUGCUUUCACGGAGACACAUGAAAGUGGCAUUUUUUGGCAGAACAAGCAGUGGAAAAAGUUCGGUCAUUAAUGCAAUGCUGUGGGAUAAGGUACUUCCUAGUGGAAUUGGCCACACGACCAACUGCUUUCUCAGCGUGGAAGGGACUGAUGGAGAUAAAGCCUACCUCAUGACAGAGGGGUCGGAUGAGAAGAAGAGUGUCAAGACAGUCAAUCAGCUUGCUCAUGCCCUUCACAUGGAUAAAGAUUUGAAGGCUGGCUGUCUGGUCCAUGUCUUCUGGCCCAAGUCCAAGUGUGCGCUGCUGAGGGACGAUUUGGUCUUAGUGGACAGUCCUGGCACAGAUGUGACUACAGAGCUGGACAGCUGGAUUGACAAAUUCUGCUUAGAUGCUGAUGUGUUUGUCUUGGUUGCCAAUUCUGAGUCAACUCUCAUGAACACGGAAAAACAUUUUUUCCAUAAAGUGAAUGAACGUCUCUCUAAGCCAAAUAUCUUCAUCUUGAACAAUAGAUGGGAUGCCUCUGCUUCAGAGCCAGAAUAUAUGGAAGAUGUGCGCAGGCAGCACAUGGAGCGCUGUCUGACUUUUCUCGUUGAUGAGCUCAAAGUUAUUGAUCCUGUAGAAGCGAGGAAUCGCAUCUUUUUUGUUUCAGCAAAAGAAGUUCUGAGUGCCAGGAGACAGAAGGCCCAAGGAAUGCCAGAGACUGGUGGAGCACUUGCUGAAGGGUUUCAAACAAGAUUCCAAGAAUUCCAAAAUUUUGAGCAGAUAUUUGAGGAGUGUAUCUCGCAGUCAGCCGUGAAAACCAAGUUUGAACAGCACACUAUCAGAGCUAAACAGAUAAUAGAUACUGUGAAAAACAUUAUGGACGCCAUAAACGUAGCUGCAGCAGAAAAAAGAGUGCUCUCAAUGGAAGAGCGAGAAGAUCAGAAGGACAGGCUGGACUUCGUUCGAAAUCAGCUGAACAUUUUGACAGAAGAUACUAAGGAAAAAAUCAAACGUGUUACUGAGGAAGUGGAAAAUAAAGUCUCCUCUGCCAUGACUGAUGAGAUUUGCCGACUUUCGGUUCUAGUUGAUGAAUUUUAUUCAGACUUUCACCCUUCUCCUCAAGUACUGAAGCUCUAUAAGACAGAACUCAACAAACACAUAGAAGAUGGUUUGGGAAAGAACCUGGCUGAUCGCUGCUCCAGUGAAGUCAAUGAGUCGAUGCACCAGUCGCAGCAGGAGAUCAUUGAAAACCUGAAACCAUUGUUGCCUUCUGGUGCUCAGAACCAGCUUCACUUGCUGAUUCCAUGCAGGAAGUUUGACCUCAGCUAUGAUCUGAACUGUCACAGUCUGUGUGCGGAUUUCCAGGAGGAUAUCAUGUUCCACUUUUCCUUGGGAUGGACUUCACUCGUAAACCGGUUCUUGGGUCCUAAACAUGCUCAGAGGGUGCUUCUGGGACUGGCAGAUCCCAAUUUACAAGUGAGUGCUUCAGAGAUCCCUCGUCCCUUAGCUACCACCCCGUCUGCUGCCAGCCUUCCUGCUGCAACUCCAGAGAACACAUCACCUGAUGAUUUCAUGGUUCCUUUGGUAAUGAGUUUAGCUUCACUGACAUCACGGACCUCUAUGAGCAUCAUCGUUGUUGGCGGAGUGAUUUGGAAAACAGUUGGCUGGAAACUCAUCUCUCUCUCCUUAAGUAUGUAUGGCUUAUUAUAUCUCUAUGAGAGACUAACUUGGACCACUAAAGCAAAAGAGAGAGCCUUCAAGCAGCAGUUCGUCAACUACGCGACUGAAAAGCUGCAGAUGAUCGUCAGCCUUACGAGUGCAAACUGCAGCCACCAGGUGCAGCAGGAAAUGGCCACCACCUUUGCUCGGCUCUGUCAGCAGGUGGAUGUUACCCAGAAAAACCUGGAAAAAGAAAUUGCCCGUCUUUCCAAAGAAAUAGAUCAGCUGGAGAACAUACAGAGCCACUCCAAGCAACUGAGAAAUAAAGCCAUUCACCUUGAGAAUGAACUAGAUCGCUUUACAAAGCAUUUUCUUCAAAAGAGUAAAUAAAGCAUCAUCGUUACCCUUCCCAGUGAUCCUUUGUAGGACAAAGUAGAAAUUUUACAGAUGACACUUCUCUGUGGAGUCACACGAAAUGAUUUAUAUUUUUAAUCUUAUUUUGAUUACACUUAAUGAUUGUAAAGCUUAAUUUGGACUCUGACGGUGAACCAAACUGAGGAGCUGUGGGACGCUUAUAACUGCUAUGUUUGUUCUGAAGGUUUGGGGUUAAAAAUCUUUAACACUAAAUUCCUUUGGGCACUUGAGAAUAAAAACCCAAAUCUCUUCUGAUUUUUGUUAGUGCUUAGUUGGGGCAGGUCUGGCUUCCUGGCAUCCAGGAGUUUAUGCAGGGAGAGUGCUUAUCACUGCUGUCUCUCUCCUGUUCUCAGCUGACUAGGAAUAGCCAGGGAAGAAGAAUGCUGCUUUUUCAUUUGUGCUUGUUUUGGUUUUUGAAGGAAGGGAAGUAUGAACUCCAGCGUGGUGGACAGGAGUCCUGACCAUUUGGGAAGCAAGAGGAAUUGGGUUGGGAAGAUUUUCCAGUUCUUGGAUAAAGAAACAAAAGGUGGUAACUGUAGAGCAGUCACUCAUAGAAUGCAGUAGGCUGUAGUUUCCCCGCUGGCUCCUGCAGCUCCAGCCAAGAUGGCGUUAAGUAAAAACAAAUAGUUGGUAAAAUGGAUGCUCAUCUCUGAGAGCACGGCUGGAACUCACCUCCAGGUGAAGUGCAGCAAAGAAGCGGCCGAGUCGGUGGCUUUGACCCCAUUUUUGCAUGUUGGAGGGAAAGAUUUGGGUGUCAGGCUUCUGCCAGAGCUCAUCUCCUGCAUGCAGAGGUGGAGGCUGUCUGAUGGCAUUUCCUCAUCCUGACCUGCUCCUCGGUUCUGCUGUAGCACUGAUCUCUGCCCUGAGCUGUGUGACAGGUACGUGGGAGUACUUCCACCUCUGCUCACUUCUAGCAGUGCAGAGCCUCUUAACGUGGCUGCUGACACCUGCAAUCACUGAGCACCUUCGUUUUUCUAACCAGACUUUUUAAGAAUAACUUAUUUUAGAAGAGAAAGCCUUUUCAGAAUAUUUAUAUAUUUUUAUGGAUGUAUUAACAAGACUAAUGAAAUACUCAAAUUCAAAACCUAAGAGUUAAGGAUUUGCUAUAUUCCAGUAAAUAAGGGCUAUCCUAAAAGGAGGUAGAUUUUAAAAGCUAACAGUAAUGGAACGUUGUUAAUGACUUUAAGCUGAGAGCACUGUUUUCACCACAGUGUACGUGGUGGUGGGUUCUGAUGUGCAGCAGCACAGCUGUGCACUGGUGUUAGCAGUGUGUGAGGUGUCUCAGGUUGACUGAGGAGAACUGUGAAAAUGAGUGACAGCCCAGCCUUUGUGUGAGGUCACAGGUGUGUGUGGGUGCUCUUGUCUGAAGCGUUGUUGCACAGAUUGUACCCAGAUGAGAACUUUACAUGCAUGUGUUCUACAGUUAUUUAUUAAAAAAUUAACUCUCUCUUUUCUCCUGUAGUAACGUUAUUUCACAACUGUCUCGGUAGGGAAAAGCCACCCCCUUGCUUCCACUGGAGGACAAAACCCACAACCACUGAGGUUGAAUUUGCAUUUCACCAAGCAGCAUUGAUUGCGUAGUUCAGUUGUAGAGAAAAGAAUCAGUGAAUCGGUACUACAGCCUUAAAAAAAGUGGCAGAUGGCACUGUGCAACAGGAGUUCUGCUGGUAAGAAUGAAGGAAUGUUGUAAAAAAAUUAGUUUUGGUCCAGGUUGGUCCCUUACAAACUUCCUGCUCUCUUCAGUGCAGCCUGACCAGGUCCUGGUGAGUUCAUUUAGCCUCCAAAAAGCGAUUUUGGGUUAGAAGAAAGAAUAACAAUUCUGCUGUUUAACAGCAGAAGCAGCAACAUCCAGAGUGCCUCCUGCUGCUCUGCCUCCAUGGAGCUCAGGGACAGAGCCUCCAGCUGCAGGGCAGGGGCCUAUGAAGUGGAGUUGGAAAGGAGCAUCCACACAGGGCACCGUCUGGUUAAAAGCACUUGUUUAUUGGUUACAAUAUCAACUCAUGGCAACAUCUUUCACUGAGCCACUGUACAAAUACAAAGAAAAGAUCCAUUGUGAGGGGAAAAAAAAAAAAGCUAUAAACAGAGUUCAUAGCAAGUGAUCUUUUUUCACAGGGAAAUCUUUUUACAACAGCACUGUUAAAGAACAAAUGGCACAAGUCCCUGGUUUUUUCAAUAGCUUAAAUAAAAGCUUUAAGACUGUUUCUGUAUACAUACACGAUCCAAAGGCAGUGCAGAAUCACUUCAUAAUUGGUAACAUGACUGCAGUUAUCCAAAGUAGUCAGCAACAAGUGACAGAAGGAACCGAGCUGAUGAGAAAUGCCAGAAACUGAAGGCAAAUUAAAACCGAGAUGGUUAGAAGCAGUUUUGUUUUGGACUCCUUUGGAUGUAAUAUGUACUACAAGUGUUCAGAUGCUUUUAUUUUUUUCUUCUUUAAAAAAAAAAAGAAAGAAGGAAAAGAAAAAAAAGGAAAAACACAAAUAGAGCACCAUUGUGUAAGUAAAACAAAGGCUUGAAAUAUCUAAGACUAUUCCACCGAAGUCCAUAUUAGUUAAAACCUAAACAUACUGUGUGGUAUAAGAAUGUCAGGCACAUGUAAUCUGUUAUCAGUUAUAUCAAUUAGUAACACUGUUCACACAUUUACCAUAACAACACUGCAUUAACAUUCUGCAUGUAUUUUACAUAACCAGCAAUUGGAUAAAAAGGCUUGUGGUGCCUCUGAAGUGUAGGAAGUAGUUUACCAGCAUGCAUGCCAGAUUACUGUAUACAAAGUGCACCAUCAACCCAUGCUUAAUUACUUUUACAGGAAAUGCUAUCUCAAAAAUCAGUCAUUCUGCUACACAACCAUUUAUACCAACUAUUUGAAUUAGCCAAUACUUAUUCUCACCAACAUCUUAAAGCACAGCACUAAACCUAGUGGAGGUGACUGUCCUCAAAGAGGAAAGACUAAGCACGCUUGGAAUGUUUUCACAAUGGUUUCAUUCUACCUUAAAGUAACGCCAACUUCAUUGUGGGACACAAACUGAAGAGUUAACUAUUUCCAACCCAUGCACAACAGUAAGCACGCCAGGACCAGCUGUUACAUCCAUUCAGCUUUGGACAGUCCAGGUCAGGCCCUCUCACAGACUGGGGGCAGCCCAUCAAUCCACGUUCCGCUUCAGUACGCAGAUCGGUGUCAACGCUCAAACCUAUCAGUUCUGCCAGACGCUGCCAGGCAGCUGCAGCUUUGCAAGGCAGAUGGUGCUGAUGGUUGGAAGAAAAAAGGUCUGGAGACAGAUGAAAACAGGCCAACAUUGCAGUACUCAGUGAGUAUACGGUUAGAAGCUUCUGUGGUUUCCAGAAUCUCAAUCAAGAUCCCCACCAAUAAAUCGAUGUCUGAAUCUACACAAGAACAAGCCCAGGUUGGGUGCUUGCCUGGCCUGAUUAGCAUCCUGUAUUGCAGUAUUAAAUCAACACUGGAAAAUGCUGACAAAAAAACCCCAAAACUACCCAACAACUGUACCCGAAUGAAAUAAAUCUUGCUACGCAAAGCACAGAGUUCCACGUUCCACUUUCCAAGCUGUAACCAAUAGGAUUUUAGAAGAAAGGCUGGGAAUGAGUUACUUUGCCACCAAUGGUUUUGGCACAGUGGUCUCAGUUACUACAUUUCUGUAAUUACACAAGGUAUUUGAAAUUCAGACCAUGAUGCAGGUUGGCAGCAAACUUUUACAGUUUAAGAUGUACCCACUGGGGCUGCAACAUCUGCUGUACACCCAGUUUGCUGCCAUGGAGCAGUUAGAAAUUGCACGAGCUGCACACGUGUGCCUACACCAUAGCAGAGGCACAGAGGCACAGAGGCACAGACCAUUCUCAAAGCUGGGAAUUACAUCUUGUAAGUAAAACCUACAAAGGCUCAUUUUCUUAACUUCCUCAUAUUGGAGAGAGUUUGAGCAUUUAGCCAUUAAACCACAUCCAUUCUCACGAGUGAGCUCACCACUGAUAGCCAUAAGAGAAAGAAACUUCAUGAUUUGGCCUCAUACAACAGCAGCAAUGCAUUACAUCAAGGCUGUAGGCUUUUUUUUUUUCAUUAGAUAAUACAGGACAGUAAUUAAACAGCAAACAUCACCUUGGCAGGAUCUAUCACAAGCUUUCUACAAGUUCCCAAGACACAUCAGAUACUUUUUCCAGUUGUGCUGAGGCUCCUUCCACCUUUCCUUGUGCACCACCACAGAAGGAGCCACCACGGGACCUGCAGCACUAGAAGAACCAGUUAACCAAACAGCAAAAACAGGCAGGUAUUUUAAUGAUGCUUUUGGAAACCUCACAGGCAAGUAGUUGGCAUUCCUUACUAGCAGCUGAAUCCAACAACUGCUCAUCAACCAAUGAUAGUGAAGUUAUUUGCAGUAAUACCUGUACCAGAGCCAUUACCAUGCUUACAGUCUACCCAAACUUUUAAGAAAAGUUAUAUACAUUUGUAAAGUUGUUUUUGGAGCUUCACAAGUAGAAACCAGCUUAAACACCAGAAUGUAAAAAUGGCAUCUGUCUUUGCAACAGCGUUGGCUAAGAAAUUGGUUCAAAACACAUCUCUACGGAAAAAAAUGUUUAGAAAAAGAACAUUUUCUUAAAAUUCUAUAGUAACAAAUUCACUCAAGGCAGCUGUGAGUUAAAAAAAAAAAGUUAAGUAUACCACUAAAAAUUGAACCAAAUCUGAGAGCUCUCAACUCGCUCACUUAAAGAGUAACAAGUAUUCCUUAAUAGUUCUGUAAAUGCAGAUCGAAAAGCAAAAUGCUGAGGAGUUCCUGUGACAUACAACAUUGUGGGAUUUUGGUCCUACACCACAACCUGCUGUUGGCAAACGUACGCUCCUGCAGCACGAGAUGUGCUGCUUUGUUUUCUUGAAGUGAAUUUGCUGUGACUGGUACAUUUAUUGGCACCUUUGCCACUCAGACAUGGCAAGUUUACAGGCACAGUUUGGAAGUCCGGAAAUUUAGGAUUACAAAUAUCAUAAACUUGAGAAAGAGCCAUCUCUGUUUUGGCAUACUACAAAAUAUUGGGCACUUAGAUUUGGUACCUGACCCACCGAUAGCCAGACUCCCCAUAACUUCAGCUGAGGGCAGAUGAACGUUAUCUUCCAACCUGGUAAUUUAAAAUUCACAUCUAUUUAAGACAAGUCACUUCAGAAAAGCCAAUAGACUUGAUUUCCCCUUUCUACAAAUGCCACAGGCUUUGAGAUUCCCAAGGGAACAUCCACUGCAGGCACAAGCAUGCUGCCAGGCACCAAGAAGUUAAGCAGUCCUCCUGGGUAGUUUCAGAUGGGCAUCACUCACUUGAUUUUCUUCUACCUACAUUCAACCAUACUUGAUCAGAACCUGUCGCUUAUAAGCAGCUGCCACCAACAUCUGAAUAAAUCAGGAAGAGGAGAUGGCUAUUUACAGUGUGAGAACUGCAGAACAAUUAGCAUCUAAUGAGCCACUAUGGCACAGACCUGCGACCACAGGAGAACAAGCAAGUCGCUAACUUCAUAGCACAAAGUUUUAAAGGGCCACACAAGUAAGUAAGGUUAUUUGGUUCACUGUAAGUUACACAAUUCCUUUCAUAACUCACACUGCACGUAACUGACAACAAGCACUUUUGGUUGUGGUAUGCUUUGGCAAACCCCCAGUUUGGAGGGGAAUUACAGGUGAUUAACUGCACAUUUAAAUCUUUAAGAUUCUAAGCAAAGUUCUCUUGAAUUCCCGUUUGUUGGGGUGACUGAGCAAGCUCUGCAAGCACACUGCUUUCUGCACAGAGUAUCAUGCCAAAUCGCUGUUAGUUUGUGACAGGCCAAACUGUCUCAUUUAGAGCUGAACUGUCAAAAAGAAAAGCACUCAGCCACUUAACAACAGCAGUGCAGUCACCUGGUUUCCAUACCCAAGGGCUGGGUGGAAUAGCAGAUGCGGAAAGCCGCAGUAAGGAGGCUAAUACUUCUGAACUGGACUUUUUUUUUCCCUCUGUUGUUGCAACUCUGCCUGGCAUUAACUCCUUGGUGUUUGGAGGCUGCCACUGCCAAUGGAUGAACCAGGAACCACUGGCUUAAGGAAGAACCCCCACGAUUAAAAAUAGGCAAGCAGGUCAAGAAGUGAGUGAGUAAGGCAGUAGGUAUUAACUGGGAGUCUCCAGGGCCUCUAAAAAAAAAAAAUAAUAAAUUCAAA